CCUGUCGCCUGGCUUGGGACAGCUUCUCACACAUCAUCUCUAUAGUCUCACUAAAACUGGGAAACUAACUCACCUGCCACUUCUCCAACCAAAUAACCCCACCGUCUUUAAGAACAACUGCAUCAGCACCGUUUGUGACUACUGCACUGACAUGGAGACGCAGCACACGCACGGACUUUGCCACACCUGCAGAAGAGCGGAGAGCACCAGGAUGAGGGUCAAGAAGAUGUCUUCAUCCAGUCGCGCGCUGCUGUUUGCGUUGGCCCUGACGCUGUACGUGGUGGAAAUGGCCUCGGCUGAGACGCUGUGUGGGGGAGAGCUGGUGGAUGCGCUGCAGUUUGUCUGUGAAGACAGGGGCUUCUAUUUCAGUCGGCCCACGAGUAGGUUUAAUAACCGGCGUGGUCAGAAUCGGGGGAUUGUAGAGGAGUGCUGCUUUCGUAGCUGUGAUCUGGCCCUGCUGGAGCAGUACUGUGCCAAACCCGCCAAGUCAGAGAGGGACGUGUCCGCUACGUCUCUGGUCAUCCCCAUGAUACCCUCACUAAAACAGGAAGUCCCAAGGAAGCAUGUUACCACCAAGUAUUCCAAAUACGAGGUGUGGCAGAGGAAGGCGGCCCAGCGGCUCCGGAGAGGAGUCCCCGGGAUCCUGCGGGCCCGGAAGUUUCGGAGGCAGGCGGAGAAGAUCAAAGCCCAGGAGCAGGCCAUCUUCCACAGGCCUCUGAUCAGCCUGCCCAGCAAACUGCCUCCAGUGUCGCUCACCACGGACAGCUACGUCAGCCACAAAUGAGCCCGCUGCU